CAUGACUUCUCCACGUCAAUGGUAACUCCGAGAUUCAGCAAUGCGGUACUGGUGUGGUGGUCAACGCGUGUCUCCGCAUAUCCUUAUCCCCCCACGGAAGAGCCACAAAGGUCGGGAUGAUGACUCCGGUGGCGGCGACACAUCGUGCGCCUCCGCCGGUCGCGCGAAAUGUUACUCGCCUUCCGAACUCUCCGUCCUCCAUCUCCGGACCUUCAGCUUCAGCCGCUCGCCACCACUGGCACUCGCCAAGCGGAGAACAAGUUCUGCCACGCUUAAGCACCAAAACGAGGCUUCUGGAACCGCCGGCCGCGUCCAACCCUCUGCGUCCCUCCCGCUCUCUCGCUUCCGUCCGCCGCGCUUCCCGCCGGAAAGCGGACGUGGCUUCCGACGCCGUAGAGAGCGGCGACGGUAAUUCGCGACGAGCGCUUCAGAUUAUCCUGUGGGUAGCCGAGGCGGUCUACAUCCUGUGGCUCUUUCUCCUCCCUUAUGCCCCGGGAGAUCCUGUGUGGGCGAUCAGUUCUGAAACAGUGAAUUCUCUUGUUGGGCUCUCUCUGAAUUUCUUCUUCAUACUGCCCCUGAUGAGCUCUGUUGGGAUUAAUGUGAUUAAUGCCCCAGUCCUCCACCCGAUGUCUGAAGGCCUCUUUAAUUUCAUCAUUGGUUGGACGUUCAUGUUUGCUCCUCUGCUAUUCACCGAUCUCAGAAAGGACAGAUACAAAGGCUCCGUGGACAUUUUAUGGGGCCUGCAGAUGUUCCUCACAAACACGUUCCUAAUUCCGUACAUGGCCAUCCGACUAAAUGAGGCUGAGCGGGAUAAAACUCCAGGCAAGCUCUCUCAGCUAGGCUCGGUGAUGACGAAUGGGGCACCCGUUGUGGGACUGAUAGGUGGAGGAGUCUGUCUGAUUUCGGUUUUGUGGGCCCUCUUUGGCAGAAGUGAUGGUGAUUUCGGUAACAUAGCAGACAGAUUGGACUUCUUGGUAGGCUACCUUGGUUCUGAGAGGCUGGCAUAUGCCUUCAUAUGGGAUAUAGUACUUUACACAGUCUUCCAGCCUUGGCUAAUUGGUGACAACCUACAAAACAUUCAAGAUAGCAAGAUUGAAAUUGUGAAUUAUCUUAGAUUCGUUCCGGUCAUCGGUUUGAUUGCCUACCUUCUCUGUUUGGAUCAAGACAAGAAUUAUGCCUAACUGUACCGCGAAGGAUAUACAUACCAAGAGUCCACCCGUAGUUCAGAAUCUUGUGGUCAAGAACUUUUAGGGAGUUUUCUUUCUAGUUGAUUCAACAUCAUAAGUUCUCAAUCAUGAUGACGAAACACUGCUUAUCCAAUGGCCUACUGUCUGGUGUUGGAGAUGCCUACCUUACCCUGCUCUUGCCAUUGAUUUUUUUGGCACACUUUCUUUUCAAUGAAGUUCCUUUAAGUCCCAUCUUC